CGACGACGCACGUUGGAAAGCGCAGAGCGCAGAGCGCAAAACGCCCUCUCGCCUUCCAUUACCAGUGGGCGCGAAUAGAGGGGCAGUGAAUAUCGAACGUUGGCUGCGCAUCUCCCCUUCCAUCGUCCAUCAAUCCAUCAAUCCAUCACCACUCAUUCCCCUUCUCAUAACUCUCCCCACUGUUCUGUUUUUGGCAAUCCCUCUGCGAGAGUGUGGUCGGAGGCUGAACGGCACUUUCCUUCCGUCUUGCUUCUCCCGAUAGACUGCCCCCUUCUCCCACUUCCUUCCUGCUCUGCAACCCACCCUCACUGUUCGUCCAUCACAGUUAACCUACAUGGCCGUCUUCUAAAUUGCCUCUUCAUAAUCCUCGUCCUCCUUUCGUUGCGACUCUCUUUCAGUCGGUCUAAUGUCUUCAACUCAGCGUGCCCUGUCAUCUGCAGCGCCGCCAUCUCAUGACCACAACGGAUUUCCAAAUUCCGAUUUCGAACCCGAUUUCUUCAACGUGGAUUGUAGUCCGCUCAGCCCAGGAGACAACAUGCAAGAAUACGACCAUUUUUCUCAUGACGACAUGGCUCACCAAGGCUAUUCAGGUCCUCCUUCAGCUUUCCAGCUCCAUCAGGGCUCAUCCUCUUUCCCUUCUUCCAAUCACCAGAUGAAUUCCUCCCAGUCGGGCCACGUUUCCAUGCGGAACUCAAAUUGCAUGGCAUUCUACUACGAUGACCCCAACGCGAAUCCGCAAGCUUUCACCAGCCAGUGUGACGCCGACAGAGAAAGCUGGGAUUGCAAAGUCAAUUGUCCCGAGUGCCGUGGAUGCGACAGCUCCACCCCGGGACCGGUCUGCAGCGACACCGACUGCCCUUCUUCGCCAUGUGAUGAAAAUCAAUGCGAUCCCUAUACACGUUGCAGUGGUGUCGAUUGCGUGCCCGAGGAUGAAGACGAAGACGAAGACGAGCUACCCCCUCCUGAAUUGCAAGAGGCUGCUGUGGCCCUGAACACUCUCCACAACGACCCGGGAUAUCAAGCGCCACUCCAGCCACAGCUGCAAAACGCUGUCCAGCACAACACGCAAUCAUCCACCCUGAGGCCUGGCCAGUUCGCUUCUCGAGAGACUCCCGGGCAUGGUUCCGGUGCGCCACUGUCUGCCCAGCAUGCGACGGGCGGGCAGGCCUUUUCCAACUCAACAUCGCACACCGCCGCGCCCGUCGGAACGGGGAUGGUGACCACUUCACUGCCCGGGGAUUUUCAGCAGGUAGAGGCUUUCCAGCAUCUCUGGCAGCAGCACGACCCGAACCAGCCGCAUUCCCAGUGCGCAGAGCCGUGUCUUUUUAACAGCUACAGCGCGUCCCUUCGGUGUCCCAUGCCGCAGUUCGCACACGCGCAGUCAAACGCGGAGAGUUUCUGUCAGCCGGCAAUCAGUAACCCUGGCUACAACGUCCCAUGUGGUGACGUGUUUCCGUCUGCCUGGGAGUGGGUGAACCACUUCAACGAGCAGCAUCGAAACGCCCACAAUGCCGACUGCCUUCAAGCUUUCUUUCCGCAAUCCUUCCCUCAAAAUUAUGUCAACUUCGGAAAUUCUGGCCUAGGCAAUGGCUAUCAGCAUAGUACUCACAUGCCCCGCUUGGAGCAAGCCGAACAACCAGUGCGGAGAUCGUCGUCUACUUCGACCGGGUCAGCAACCAACACGAGCGAGGACGUCAACCAACGUUCGUCGAAUACUCCAGCCACGGAUGAUUCUGUACACACAUUGGAGGGCCAGGCCAUAUGCAAGUGGGUACGGGGUGAAGACGGUGGCGUAUGCGGGAAGGCUUUCGCGACGGACGACGCGCUCCACGCACAUUGCCGACAAGCUCAUAUAGUGCCCCUCGACAAGGAUGGCGAUGGUUUCUCUUGCCUGUGGGAAAAAUGCAACCGAAAACACAAGCCACAUGGCAAGGGCAAGUUUGGCCAGAAGAGCAAGCUCGAGAGACAUCUACAGACCCACACUGGGUAUAAACCUGUUGAGUGUCCCUAUUGCGGCGUAAAGCUUUCAGCCAAGCAAUCUCUGGAGCAGCAUAUUCGGAUCCAUACAGGCGAGACGCCGUGGCCCUGUUCGAUAUGCAACGCACAGUUCAAGCAGCAGAGUGCACUUACUAUGCACAUGCGCACUCAUAAUGGCGAGAAACCCCUUCAAUGCGAGAUAUGCAACAAGGCUUUUAGCGAGUCGUCCAAUCUGUCAAAGCACCGGAAGACGCACAAGGUUAGAGGAGACCACGUGUGCCCGCUCUGCGACAAGGAUUUUCACAGGCCCGACCAGAUGCGCCGACAUCUUCGGAGUCACGACGACAAAAUGAGUGAUCAAGAGCGGGCUAUGUUACCGCUGCAGGUCUCGUCGAUGUUGCUAUGGGCAAAACGCGGCUUGUAAGGGAUGUUUCGUUUGAAAGACUUCAUAUCGAUCACAUCACGAUCACCAUGCAGACUUACAUUUAGCUCAUGGGAAACCCCGGAGUCCUAUGGUAUAUCAGAGCAUAGCCUAUGAUGGCAAUUCAUGAUGAGGCGAGCGGUCGGCAUUUUGAUAUUUUACCCGCCCGUUGAGCAUGGCGUUGGGUGACUGGUUGACGGAACUAGUGCAAUUGGGAUAGGAGUCUUUAAAAACAAGGUACACCAAACCAUCGAGAAGGCAUUGUUAGAGACCGUUUAAGCUAGACAUAUGCCUUGGCUGCCACGAAAUACAUUUCUCGGUAUUA